AGUUAAUAAAACACUCUCCUCUAGCGAAGAACAAAUGGCGGGCCGGCGGCGGCGUUUGCUGGCGAGGACGACGUCAUCGCUCAGUCUCACCGUCGAGCCAAGCGAAUCACACACUUCUCUCACCGUCUCAACGGCCCAACCUGCGGCGGCACAUCUCUCGUGACCGGCGAUUAUGGGGGGCCCAAUCCCACACGGAUGUCUCUCUCCCCCCCAACCCACACCAGAAAAGGAAGCCCAGCCCAUCCACCGCGAACCAUCCGCACCAACCACGAAGCCGAGCCGCGACAUGUCGCCGCCAGCCGAGCGAUCCGGCCGUCCGGACGCGCCUCUCCACCUCGUCUUCGUACCAUUCCUCGCGCGCAGCCACUUCGCGCCCCUCGCCGCCAAAGCCGCCGACGCGUGCAGGCAGAGCGGCGGCGUUACCACGGCCGCCAUCGUCACCACGCCGCACUUCGCGUCCCUCGCGCCGCCGGGCGUGCCGGUGCACGUGGCGGGGUUCCGCUGCCCCGGCGGGCACGAGGACUUCUCCCACCUCCAGCUCCAGGGCGUCGAUGACGAGGCCUCCUCCGCGCCGGCCUUCUUCUCAGCCGCGGAGGCCGCGCUGGCGCCGGCGCUCGAGGCCGCCCUCCGCGACCACGACGGCCCCGCGGCGGUCGUCUCGGACGCCGUGCUCUACUGGGCCCCGCGCGUCGCGCGCGAGUGCGGCGUCCCGCACGUCACGUUCCACACCAUCGGCGCCUUCGCCGCGGCCGCCAUGGUCGCCGUCCACCUCCACCGGCCCGAGCCCUUCCCGGACCCGUUCGACGUCCCCGGCGGGUUCCCGCACCCCGUGAAGCUGCGCAGGGCGCAGGUCAACGAGGAGGCUCUCGCGCACUUCCCUCUCUUCCGCGCCGCCGAGGCCGAGAGCUGCGCCGUCGUAUUCAACAGCUUCUCGGCGCUUGAGGCCAACUUCGCCGCCUACUACCAGAGCCAGCUCGCCGGGCGUCCCAAGAAGGUGUUCCUCGUCGGCCCCGUGCUUGCCGCCGCCGCCGCCGCCUCUCCCCGCGCCGUCAACGGCGGCGCGGAGCGGGACCCCAUCCUGCAGUGGCUCGACGGCCGCCCGGCGGGGUCGGUGGUGUACGUGUGCUUCGGAAGCACGUGCGCGCUGGGCGAGAGCCAGCUCCGCGAGCUCGCCACCGGGCUGCGCGCGUCGCGCCGGCCGUUCCUCUGGGUGAUCCCGGCGCCCGGCGGGGAGGGUGGCGCGGCCCGGGAGGAGCGCGCGUCCAGCCACGGCAUGGUGGUGGCCGGGCGGUGGGCGCCGCAGGCGGAGAUCCUGGCGCACCGCGCGGUGGGCGGGUUCGUGACCCACUGCGGUUGGAACUCGGUGCUGGAGGCCGUGCGCGCCGGCGUGCCGCUCGCGACGUGGCCGCUCCGCGCCGAGCAGUUCGUGAACGAGGCGUUCCUGGUGGAGGUGCUCCGCGUGGGCGUGCGGGUGCGGGAGGAGGCGGACCAGGUGGAGGCCCUGGUGCCGGCCGGUGCGGUGACGCGCGCCGUGGGGAGGCUCAUGGGAAACGGCCAAGGCGAGGCGGAGGCGGACGCGGCGAGGAGGGCCAGGGCCAGGGAGCUCGGCGCUGCGGCGCGUGCGGCGGUAGCGGAGGGCGGCUCGUCGUGCCGUCACUGGACAGGGCUGGUAGAAGAGCUCAAGGCGUUACACGGUCGCGACAGCGAUCCGCAGAUGUGAAUGGAACCCCAGGAAGUUUUUUUUUAAAAAAAAAAAGAGUGGAAUACACAGCUUGUUCUGUGCUAUCUCGCGGUUUCGUGAUCAUAAGCCAUAGGGACAUGAUUACAUGACGAUAAAAAAGGAUUAUAUUGCAAGGUCGUCGCCGGUUGGAAAAGGACGGUGGCGAUGACCCAGUUCAAUCACAAAAUGGUGCAAGAUAGAGUGCUUAUAAAUUAAAAAUUACCUUAAAGAUGCCUAAUCAGCUGUGCUGCCUAUUGGCAAAAUCUCUACUGAGCAGUACUAGGGCCGAAUUGGAUCAUCAUUCAUUUUUAUUUUACAUUUUUUGGGCAUCAAACAUGGAGCUUAUGAUUACUGAUUCGAUCAGCUAGUUGGGACGUUUUUUUUUUUAACUCAGCUAGUUGGGACUUGGGAAUUCCUCCCGGGCUCGGUCUCGUCGCGUGUGUUGACUGUUGACCAAGACUGAUCUUUCCGUUCCUG